AUGACAGGUUUGACACCUUCGACCAAAUUGGAUAACGUGGACGAGCAGGCGGCGCAGAUCCGGCGAGAGCUGGACGGGAGGCUGCAGCUGGCGGAGAAGAUCAACAGGGAGCGGAGGUACCCCAAGCUGCUGUCCCCCGACAUGGAGGCCCUGUACGUGGAGGAGCUCAGGUCCUCGGUGAAUCUGCUCAUGGCCAAUCUGGAGAGUCUCCCGGUCUCUAAAGGGGGACCGGACUUCAAGCAGAAACUCAAGCGCUCCUCCCUCAACAACUCGUUCCUGGACAUGGGCGACGAGGGCGACAUCCUGUCCAAGUCAGACGUGGUGCUGUCUUUUAACAUCGAGAUAGUGAUCAUAGAAGUGCAGGGCCUGAAGUCGAUGGCUCCAAACAGAAUUGUUUACUGCACGAUGGAGGUGGAGGGAGGAGAGAAGCUGCAGACGGACCAGGCCGAAGCCUCCAGACCACAGUGGGGGACACAGGGGGACUUUGUAACCACUCAUCCGCUGCCUUCAGUCAAAGUGAAGCUGUUUACGGAGAGCACCGGGGUCCUGGCGCUGGAGGACAAGGAGCUCGGGCGGGUGGUGCUGAACCCCACCACAAACGGACCCAAACAGGCAGAGUUUCACCGGAUGGUUGUCCCAAAAAACAGUCAGGACACAGAGCUGAAGAUCAAACUGGCCGUUCGAAUGGACAAGCCUCCCAACAUGAAGCACAGUGGAUACCUCUAUGCGCUCGGUCAGCGGGUUUGGAAACGUUGGAAACGAAGAUAUUUUGUUCUUGUGCAGGUCAGCCAGUACACCUUCGCCAUGUGCAGCUACAGAGAGAAGAAGGCUGAACCGCAGGAGCUGAUGCAGCUGGAGGGCUACACCGUGGACUACUGCGACCCUCAGCCCGGUCUGCAGGGAGGCCGGGUGUUCUUCAACGCGGUGCGGGAGGGCGAGCUGGUGAUGUUCGCCUGUGACGACGAGCAGGACCGGGUGCUGUGGGUCCAGGCCAUGUAUCGAGCCACGGGACAGUCCUACAAACCUGUGCCCCCGCUCCAAAACAAGAGCCUGAACUGCAGAGGGAUCAACCAGAAGACCACGUCCCCCAUCAUGGGUCUCUCGUUGGAUGGCUCUGUCCCGGUGUAUUUGCGUCCUGACCUGUCGUCUCCGCUCGGACAGGCAGAGCGUGGCCGUUUGGACCCGUCCCAGCGCCAGGGAGUAGAAGGCCUCAUAUCCGCUGCCCCGUCCCGCUUCGACCACGCCGCCCUGUUCACCAUCUUACAGAAGAACACGCUCCUGCACAGGAUGAACGACUCCUUCUCCUGCCUGUGGCCCACGCCCCUCUCCCCGUGGCCCAUUGUCGGGGCCUUUUGGUGGGCUUUGUGCUCCAACCUGAGCCCCCUUUUCAUCCACACGUUCUGGAGAAAGGGCCGCAUCUGUUGA